CGAAAGAGAACACAACGCCGCGCAGCCGGCAGGCCGGCCGUCGCCGCGUGGCUCGUUGGUACGCCCGCGAGCCGCGAGCCGCGACCCCGCGUACACCAUGUUCCGGCCUAAUCCGGCGACGUUACUCACGAUGCGAUGCGAGGCCGAACCUGGGGACAGCUGCAGCCUCUGCAGCUGGGGCCUGUCCUUAUUUAAACCCUGACGCCACCACCUUGUGCUGCUCAAGGAGUAGGGAAUACUGAAUAGUCAGUCAGUCGUCUGUCGUCUCUACCUCAUCCACCUGACGAUUCUUGAUUCUUGAGCUGUAACCAUAGAUCUGUGGGGGGUUUUUUUUUUUGGGGGCGGUUCUGAUUCAGAUUUAGUUUCCUGCCCAUGGUUUCUUCCCUCCCUCACCAGCAAGAGGCUGUCACUCCAAUAGAACUUAUGUACAACCUGUUCGUUGCCUCCUCCCAGUGCCUGGCCAAAGACUGGUUGAUUUGGUGUCAUUCUCUUUUAGCUGCAACUGCAGCAGGCUGUGAUCAUGGCAUCGCUGAGUGCCGACCUUUUCUAUGACAUACUCAAGCGUCUCGAUGCUGCAGCUCUGGCAAGAGCAGGCUGUGCCUGCGCUGAUUUUCGUGCCAUAUCAAAUGAAGAGGAUUUGUGGGAAAAUGCUUGCACAUCUCUGUGGCCAUCAACAAGACAAGAUGAUGUUAGGAGCUUAAUUGUUUCUGUUGGUGGAUUCAGGAAGUUCUAUGCAGAUUGUUUCACCCUUAUAUUGAACAAGGAUGUCCCUGUGGUUCAGACUAAUGAAAGUAAUUUCUUUGCUGAAGAAUGGGCCGAGUCUGACUACUACUACUAUGAUGACAUGGAUGAGCUUGAAACCUCAUUGCCUUCAGAUUUCGUAUCUUUGAUUGAUGUAUGGUACAAAGACCGUGCACUCUACUCAAAGGUCAUAUGGGGAAUUCCCAACUCAGACAGUGCCAAUGGAUGGUUCUAUAACUACCCAUUCCGGAUAGACUUGUUUCAACACUCAGCUGAAAACAAUGAGAACAAUAAUGGAGAGGUAUUCCUAUCCACCAUCAAUGACUUACCAUCAGUGCCCUCGAUAGAGCAAGAAAGGAAAGACGGGAAACUAUGGAGGGAACUGAAUGAUGGCAUAAAGUUGAGCUGGAUCAUUGUCAACCGGAAGAUGAAACGGGCAGUGAACCUAACGAGUUGGCACCCGCUGAGUGGGCAGAGGCACUGGCCAACCGAUACUGAUUUUGUUCUACGGUUCGGGUCUGUCCUUCCGGCAAAGGAGGUCCUGCCCUGCCAGGUAGCAGAAUGCAUUCUGCUGAUGAAAUUCCAUGUGACGAGCAUGGGCAGCGAGGAGGCUGGGGAACCUUCAACACUUGCGCUAACGGAACUGAGUAUGCAGAUCGAAGACAUGGGCGGUGUUCAUCUCAACGGGCGCUGCAGCCUCCUCCUUCUCAAGGAGGCGCUGAGCUGCCACCGGAGCAGGAACUAUGAUGAGGUGCUGGAGUCUUGCAAUUUGUAUCUGAAGGCACAGAGUGAGCUGAAAGAAGAGAAGAUACGCAGUGAGUGCCGGUUCGACACACUCUGUAUUUUCAGUGGCAUUACAAUAUUUGCUGCUAUCUGCACCAUGUGCUAUAGAAAAUUUUAGAAGUUUUGACUUUCUAGAUAAGGCUAGCUGCAGAUUUAAUAAAUGUUGUAGUGAUGCACAUGUUUGAGAGCUUGUAAACACAGCCUACUUAUUAUUGCUGGUUAUUAGUUCUCCUUAGAUAUUUCAUGGGGAAAAUAAUCUAAUGUCCUCAUAUAUGAAAGUGGAAAAUAUAAAAGUCUGCUACAAAAUUCAGUUAUUUCUACUAGUAGAGUCUAGUCACAAUUGGUUCAGAAACUACAAUAGAUCAUAGUGACUGUAGCUCAUCGAUCAUCUUCCUACUCCGUUUCAAAUUAUAAGAGGUUUUGGUUUUUUUAGAUUCAUGGUUUCUGUUAUGUACUUAAAUAUACAUUAUAUCUAGAUGCAUAGUAAAAGCAGUGUAUCUAGAAAAGUCAAAAUGUUUUAUAAUUAGAAACAGAGGGAGUACUUGAUAAUCCACACCACCAAGAUGACUAGGGUGUCAAAUCCCUAGCGACCGGACUGACCUGACUUGUCGACCAUCUUCCUACUUGAUAAUCCUAUCAUAUAGUCCCAUGAUCACUGCUGGACUGCUCAGCGGUAAGCCAGUAAAGAUGAUUAAACCAGUAGAACACUGCCAGAACAAUAGAAGCUGAAGUCUUAUAACAAAAAAUAUGUUCCAUACACCUUGGUGCCAAUGCAUCAUUACUUACAAAAAUCUCACUAGUAAUGCCAUUUGCACCAAUUUGAUUUUUAAGAAAAUAAAAAAGAAACACG